UCGGAAGGAGCGGAGAUGCGGCGACCGCGCGGCGGCGCUUCCUCCCCGCCCUCGGCCCGGCCCGGCCCGCUCCCGUCGCUGCUGCUGCUGCUGCUGGCGUGCGGCCCGUGCCGGGCGAAGGAGGCCGAGCCGGGCGCUGUCACUUGCGGCUCGGUGCUGAAGCUGCUCAACACGCGGCACAACGUGCGGCUGCACUCGCACGAGGUCAAGUACGGAUCCGGUAGUGGCCAACAGUCAGUGACUGGAGUGGAAGCGUCAGAUGAUGCUAACAGCUACUGGCGGAUCAGGGGCAAAAUUGAUGGGUCCUGCCAACGAGGGGUGCCAGUAAAGUGUGGGCAGGCAGUGCGCCUUACCCAUGUCAACACAGGGAAGAACCUGCAUACCCACCACUUCCCGUCACCACUCUCCAAUAACCAGGAAGUAAGUGCCUUUGGUGAUGACGGUGAAGGGGACGAUUUGGACGUGUGGACGGUACAGUGCAGUGGAACAUACUGGGAGCGGGACGACGCAGUGCGCUUCAAGCACAUUGGAACUGAUGUGUUCCUUUCGGUGACAGGCGAGCAAUAUGGGCACCCAAUCAGGGGCCAGCGGGAAGUCCACGGGAUGCAUUCCCCUAAUCAUCACAACUACUGGAAGGCAGCGGAAGGGGUUUUCAUUAAGUCCACCUCGGACUCCACAAAGCAUGACGAGCUCUGAGUACAUGAAGCAGUUCUGAUGGGCGCUUCCUCCUCCAUAAAUACCUUCCUGAAAGCUCGGCAUCUUAAAGGCAUUGAGAUACCUUUGGAAGACAGUGUCGCCUGCUUAAUUCAGAAUGAUCUGAAUCAGACUGGCACCCAUUCAUUUUCAGAAGCCAUUUCCUGCCCCGUCUCGUUCACUUGUUUUCCCUUUUCCCUGAACUAAGGAAAAAUGAUUUGCUGUGUAUAUUUUUCAUCCCAAGGUGCAAUAAAACUUAACUUUUGUAA